AUGGAUGCCUCGCAGAACCCGGUCUCCCUGGACGUGCCAUCGCAGAUAGGCGUGGCCCCGACACAGAUGGAUCCAGAGUCGCAGGAGUCGCCCACCCAGCCGGAGACCCCUGCUAAGGACAGGGGCCACUCAGUCCCCGACAUGCUCCUGCGGUCACCGCCUUCCACGCAGGAGAUGCUGGACGUGACGCUCCCAAGUGCACCGCCUGGCUCCUCGUCGUCAGCGGCGCCGAUGGAGGAGGAGGAUGCUCCGCUGGCCUUCAGCACGCCUCCGAGAAAGAAGCAGAGGGACGGAGAAGGAGGCCGCGCCUCGCCGUCGCUGGACGGGGCACUCUCGCCGGAGGCAGUCUCGCCGGAGCAGCGAGACACGUGUUUGAGACGGUGGCUGCGGCGCUCCUUCCCUGCACAGGGCCAGAGCCCUUCGAGUUUGUCGGAGCCUACACCGUGUCCUGCCGUGAAGCACGACCCGUACAUGCCGACGCCCCUGGCCGGAGAGCACGCCAGCCGGGAAGCAGAGGCCGGCUCCACACAAGGGCCGCCGGAGCAGCCGGAGCCGCCGCAGCAGCAGGUGCCGGUCGAGAUGUUGGACGAAGAAGUGGGACGCUGCCUGUACCGGUUUGCGGCGCAGAUCCAAGUUGAGGUGGUCGCCUUCUACGUCCUCUUCUUGAACAACCACACGGAGGCGCUCUGGAACCCAGCGGCGCUUUCCAUGGUGACUGAGCAGGCGGUGGAGGGCUUCAUAGCUGCUUAUCACUGGCAGCCGAGCGCAGAUGCUCAACCAGUUCACUAUAGAGAAGUGGCUACACAAGCAGACCGUGCCGGCCGCUACGUUCACUGA